AGAGCCCUGGAGAUAUCAUGAUGGAUCUGGGGGCAAGAGGAAUACCUAGUCCGAUCUAGGAGUUCUCUCUCCAGCAGCAUCAGCAUCGGCGUGGGGAUGCUUGGCGUUCCCAUCUGAGCGCUGCCUCCUCGCCUUCUCCUCCUCGCCCACCCUCCACGAAGCCUGGCGUGGGAGUUUGAGGGAUGCGCACCGCCUCACCGCCGAACCCACCGCCGGCUCCAUGGGCAGGAGGAGAAAUCCCUGCAGCGGCGCCAAGAAGCAAGGCGAGCGCUUCCACUCGCGGGGGAGCCGAGCCGGCGCUCCCACUCCCCGCCUCCUCCUGCUCCUUCCUCCUCCUCCUCCCUCCCUCCCUCUCUACCCCGGGAGUUGUGUUGCUUUUCGGUUCGCGACGCGGCUACUCGGAGGCUCCGCAGAGAAGGAAAGAGAGGGAGAGGGAGAGAGAGAGGAGGGACGUCCGAGGGGCGGCCGCUGCUGCUGCUGCUUCUGCAACAACUCUGCCGGGAGCCCACGGUCCGAGGGAACUGCAGGAGGGCUGGAGAGCUCCAUCUCGAUUCCACAGGCUGCCAGGCGAAGACGUCCCCCUCUUCCCCAGAGGAGUGAUGCUCAUCAGAGAAGUCCUGCUGCUCCUUCAGUGCUGUUGGCCCUCGCUGCUGCUGCACUGGACCCUUCACCCCAUAUGGGGCUUCAUCCAGAUCACUCACGGUGAGCCACAGAAAACAUGCUCCAAGCCUGUAGCAGCAAAAGUCACAGACAGUUGUCAACAGAUCUGUCAAUGUAGACCACCCCCAUUACCACCCCCUCCUCCUCCACCACCACCACCAAGGUUGCUUGGAGUUCCAUCUCCCACAGUUCCUGUUUGUCCUGCUCCAGAGUCCUGGUGGCCAGGCCCAGUUAUAAUAAUUGCAGCAUGCUGCACCACACCAGUGUUCCUCUUUCUAGUUUUCAUCAUUUGCUACAAAGCCAUAAAAAGUACGCCCCCUGUAUCUGCGGGGGAUACCUUCCAAGACCCCCCAUGGAUACCUGAAACCGUGGAUAAUAGUGAAACCUAUAUUUUGACUAUAAUUGAGCUGGAAGCAUGUCGUAAAAUAGCAGUGGAGAACGUAGAGAACCCGACAAACACUCCCGGGAGGGAAUAUUUUUUGGAGCUUGGGAUACAUGAAAAUUCAUACAUGAGUGAUGGAGAGAUUAUGGAUGCCGAAGUCCUAUUUCAUGCCUUUGCUGGGCACCAUAAAGUUACAUUUAUCUAGCAACUGAAUUUUCUUUUCAUCUGAAAACAAUUUGUACAAAGAGUUUGGGCAGUGAUGUACUUUUUAGCAAAAAUAACUCCAUGUAGAAAAUUUCAUAGUGGACAGAUGAAAUGGCUUUUAAAGAAUUAUCCAUUUAUCCAGCCAUGGAGAAACCACUGAGAAAAGAAGAGAAUGGAACAAGUCAAGCUGAAUAUGCAAUGACCUCCUCCCAAAACAACAAAACAGUUGAAUCUAACAAUGCGGUGGUAUAAUUUCUGAGACCUCCUCUUGAGUAGUAAACAUUAAAAGCACAUGCAGCGUAUGCAAGGUGGAUGAAAUGCAGCAGUGGAAGAAGUUCAGUGGCCAAGGGACUUCAUUUCAGAAAUAGUGCGUGCAUCAGUUAUUACGAGAAGAAAAGCAGAUAACUUCUCUUCGGCUUGCUGAUCGUCAGAAAGGGAGGUAUAAACUUGCCAGUCAGGGCUGCUCUGAGAAAAGACCUCACAAAGGCACACUUACUGCAUGCGACUGACAGUUGAAAGCAACAUAACGAUAUCCCCAGAUCUCUCUGUCCAUCUUUUCUUUCAUUCAUUAAUUCUUUUUUCCCUUCAUUUUCUCUCCCUCCCUCCUUCCCUGUUUUAUUUUUAUUUCGCUGUUUAUUGGGGGGAGGGGAGGGAGGAUGCUUUAAUAGAGAUCCUUUGAGAGUGAAGUUGAUCUGACAGAGGCACUGUAAUUGGUCCUGAAACAUUGUAAUUGAAUCUGGAAAAAAAUCCAAGCUGUACUAGCAUGGCUUUGCAUUUGUCUUUUUUUUCUUUUCUUUACAAGGCACUGCCAUUCCCAUCUUUUGUUAUGAUUACAUUCUUAAGUGGAAAAGUUUCCAUUGACCCCAAAGCAACUUCCCCAACCCCUAUUGCAUGAUAUUAUAAAAUAGACAUCUACAGUCUGGUGACUCUGCAAUUUCCACUGCUGGUGACUUUUCAAGCAGAAAGUAGUCACUGUACGACCUGUAGCAGUUAGCAUUGUGAAUCAAAAAGGGAAAAUUAUUGGCAGUAGUAACAGCUAAGGGUGCUUUGUAUACUAUUCAUACAGUCUUAUUCCCCAUUUUUGUUAUUAUGUAGCAUUAUUGCCUUAGGUUGAAGAAGUUCCACAUGUGUGUUCCUCAUUUACAGUUCUGCACAAUUUUGCACAUGUAUGUAUACCACACAGAUCUGCUGGUGGGAUCUUUCUACAAGUAUGGCUUUGAAAUGUUUGGGUUUGGAGCUGGGGGAAGACAAGCUGCAGUGAAAAUGGAAGUCCUUCUUACACUCCUUGCAAGCUCAGAUAUCUCAAAACUUUCCUGUUUCUUCAGUAGCUCCUCCAAAAAACUUCUUUUGGAGGGAAAAAAGGACUCUCCACUUCAGGGAGAAUGCUGUGAUAGCUCAGUCCUGUCCGUCGACAAGGGACUGCCAACUGUGCCAAAUUCUAUGUGAUAGCUCAAUGUUGUACCACUUUAUGAUAAGGACUGCAAAUGACUUGAAAAGCCAAACCCAUUUUCUUGCGAGUCUUAUUAGGCUCAGUCACUUUAAUUUCUUAAAAGAAAAGACCAUUGUUCAGACACUGUUAUUGUCCACACCUGGACUAAGAUGUUAAAAACAUUUCUGCCUUUCCCUUCCUAUACCCUUGUUUAUCACUGGCUUCUUGUCUUGCUGUCAAGCUUUAGUGACAUUGUCUCUGUGUCUUCAAGCAAUCCAGAAGAAGCUGUCUGAGUGCCGUUGCAUAGAAUCACCUCAUCGUGUCAAUACAGACCAUUAUUGCUAAGAAUCUGAUGUUCGGACUCAUUUUAUCUUAAGGGUGCAGCAGACCUAGAAAAUCUAUAUUGAGACUCCAAAGAGUUGAAUCGCAAUCUAAAACCCAACGUCUUCUUAGUGAUGGUGACAAAAUGGGGGAAUUCUCAAAAAACAGUAGUGGGCUACCUAGAAUCGUAAAAUCAUAGAAUCAUAGAUCAAUACUGCCGUCGGUGAAGUCACUUGAUUGUAGUGACAAAGUGAAUGGUCAGCUAUUUUAUAUUCAGUGUUUAAAUGAAGCAACUGUGAAAUCUGGGGUUAAAAGAGUUUUGUUAAUCGUUGUUUAUCAGUUAAAAAUGUAGUAAAAGCAGCAGGAAGUACUAAGUAUAUAUAUGCCCAGUCUCUGUACCAUGCAUGUACAUGAGGUAUCUUUCCCACAGAGUUUGGAAAAAUUACACUUUGAACUAUAAUUCUCAGAAUUUUCUAACCAUCACAACUAGAAAUCAUCAUGACUGGAGAAAUGCUCAGUGGUGUGGUCCACAAAAAAACUCCAAGUUCUACAUCCAUAGUGUAAUCUCAAUUUUUUGCUUAGAACAGUGGUUCUCAGGCUGUCGGUACCCAGAUGUUUUGGCCUUCAACUCCCAGAAAUCCUAAUAGCUAUUACACUGGCUGGGAUUGAGGGAGUUGUAAGCCAAAACACCUGGGGACCCACAGAUUGAGAACCACUGGCUUUAAAGAUAAAAGAUUGUAGAAAAAGAGGGCAGACAGACACUCCCAAUGUCCCCCGCCCAGUUUCCACAUCUUGCAGGUCCAGAAUCCCAUUCUCCAUACAAUUCUUGAACUGUUCAGUUUUGGUUCUGUGGUAGAACAGGUGUAAAUAUGUGUAUUCACCAAUAGAAAAAAGACAGCUAUUUAUUUACUCUUAAUGGAGAAAUCCACCAAGUCAUGGGUAUAUUCAUUUUCUUCCCUCUAAGAAUAUAGUAUGGGUGGCUUUUUGUAAUCUUUUAAAUGUCAAGAAUUGCUGAAAAUAGAGUGACAAUAAUGUCACUGACCCUCUUCUCAGAGAGGAAGAAAAUCCUUUGCUUCCAGUCACUUUAGCGCAUCAUUUUGCACUAUAUUAACUGGAAGAAAAUAAUCUGGGUUCUCAGAACACAGUUGAUUGAAGCCAAUUGCCAUUUUUGACAUUGAGUUGUGUCAACCUAUAUGCUUCAGAUGAAGUCCACUGUCACUUAUAUUUAGAAUUGCACUUUCCCCAUAAUGCUGCAACAUAGUUUUUUCUGAGUUGUUUUUUAGGGAAAGUUCUAACGAGAUAUUAUUUUGAUGCAGUUGUUUCCCCCCGAGACUCUGAUUUAUAAAGGAAGCUGGAAUCAUAGAAACAUGAUGUAAAAUGCAAUAUGGCGCAAGCUUCAGAAAGAUUGUCUUCUAUUAAAAUACUGUACAUUUAUUUUGUUAAGACAAACCUUUGCAACAUGGCACCUCUGGAGGUGUUGUAUUACAAUUCCCAACAUUCCCAACCAAUAUAUGGGUAGUGAAAAUGGUAAUCCAACACAUCUGGAGGGCACAACGUAGACACCAUUUCUCACAUUGGGUUCUAGGAAAGCAGCCUCUCCUACGUCCAAGUAAGUAGGACUUUUCCCUUGCUCUGUAACAGGAUCUAAUGCCCAUCAUCCCAAGACAGCAUAGCUAGUGUUGGGGGAAGAUGAGUUAAUUGGGAAGUCACCACUUAGAUAAAACCAAUUCAUUUAGUGCCUCAUUGGAGUUAAAACAGGAUUUAAGCCCACUUAUAUUUCAAAUUGGAAUGAAUUGCUCCUACAUAGUAGCUGUUUACUAUAAAAACAACUUCUUCAUGUUCUUAAAUUCAACUCCAAGCAACAUUGACCAGCGUGGCCCAUGGCAAGAGAAGACAGGAAUUUGUGUGGUCCAGAUGUUUAAAAAGCCAAAGGUUACCCACCCAUGAAAAAGAGAGGUUCUUGUGGUCUGUAUUGUUAUCUCCAUUAUAACAGUGUUUAUUACAACUUGUAUGCUAGGCAUGCUAAUGAGCAGUUCUGAAUUAUUUUUAAGAUUUGCAUACUUUGUUCUGUGUUUGCUUCACAAAUAACAAACCUCAAUGAGAUUCUAGACAGUUAAAACAUCACUCUUGUUCCCACUUUACCCAGAACUGGGAAGAAUGUGGUGUGAAAUGUUCCUGGUUUUCUUUUUCAGCCUCCCCACUGCCCCAAUAAAUUAAGAAAACUGAUGUACAGAUCCCAUCACUUGUAAAAUUAAGUAGGAUGAGGACCUCAAUGUGGAUGUGAACCAAUUGGUUCCCUUGGUGGCCAGAUCAAAGAACACUUAAAGAUUUUAUUCCUUGAGUUUUCUAGUCAGAAGGACCUGACCCACACAAAUGUUUGAAUUGAAACUUGGCUCUUGGCCAGAUUUUGCUCCAGAUGUGAAACAGUUAUCAAUGGUUUAAACACAAAUUAUGCAGUGAAGUCUGCAUUUUGAAACAAAUGGAUAUAUUCAAAUCAAAGCUUGUCCUCAAGUCCCAAAAGUACCUAAGACUAGGAGAUCCUAGAGGGUGCGGUAAAAAUGAAUUCUUCCAAACUCUGAUUUGUAAUUCAUAUAUAUUUUAUAUGAGUUUAAACCAAACUAAUAUUAUAUAUGGUCUAGGACAAGUGAAGGGAAUGGAGGAAUUAGAUUCUUCAACAUUAAGCCCUAGUAGAUUACUGAACAAAGAAAGCUGAAAAUAACCAGAAAUGAAUUUCAUGAUCGUGAAUUUGCAACUUUGUUCUGAUCAAAGAAACCUUUGUGCUUAGCACCUGCUGAGGGUAACUCUUUUGCCACAACUCCAAAACACAGAUCCUGAUAAUGCAAAGUAUGUCUUCCCUGGAUGUAAAAAUGUGAUUCUUCUGAUAUAUUAUGCAUACACCCACCAGCAGCCAUACCCAGCAAAGCCAAUGAUAAAGGAUUGUGGGAUUUGUAGCACAACAACACCAGGAGAACCACAGUUCAUUCCUGCUGGAAAGCUUAUGAAAUAUCUAAAGGAAAAAUAUACAAAAAGCAGGAACCAAUGUCGAUCUAAAAAUUUAGAAGAAUGUGAUAUAGUCCUGGGAUUGUACCACUUCAGGGGAUAGGGGAAGGGGUACAGGGUUGCAUUAAUCACUUAACAAAACCAUGGAACGAUGCCACUUGGUUUUUUUCUGUACGUGUAGUUUGGCGGUCAGCCUUCAGAACAGGGAGAAAUUGAAGUGAUGCCUUCAGGAGGAAUAUAUUCCUAGAGCUUCAGAAUAUAGCUAGGAUUUUGUUUGAAACUGUACCGAUUAGCAGCAAAGCUUACAUAAAAGGAGCAUGUGUGCUCUUUAAUACAGUUAAUUAAAUACCAAUGAUAUAUACAAGUCUUGACAGAUAAAAGCUUCUUCACAAUAGGGACCCAUUACACUGAAAAUUGGUAAUUCAAGUCAGCAAUUCACAGGGAUUUAAAGUUUAUUUUUAUACUCUAAAAUUAGAUGCUGAAAGUCUCUGCAUACCUGGGGGCAUGUUGUGAGCAAGCUUUCCAGAUGGUAGCUGAUUGUGUGCACCACAAAUUUGACCCAAAGAGCUAAGAGAUUUUCUCGGUUUGCAACUUCGUUUCCAGUAAAAGAGAUUUAUGGUAUACAUAAUACAUAGAGAGCAUGAUCCCACUAGAACGGAAUACUUUUGAAUCCCAUUGAUUUCUAUGGGAGAGUAGAACAAAGCUUGUGCUUAAAUUCUCCCAUUGCAAUAGAGCUUAAAAGUGUUUCAUCUGGCAGGAUCAUAGCCAUAUAUUAUAUAGGUAUGGACCUGAAUUUCCAUUGCCUCGCACUUUGCAACUUGGUUUGUACCAUGAAAAAUGGGUAUAAACUCACCCUAUUUUGUAUUUUGCUUUGCACAGGUAUAUACAAUAACUCAUAGUCCAAGGCAAUGGAGAAUCAUGACUGUUAUAAAUAUAUUUUUAUAUAUUCUUUACAACCCUCCCUGCAUCUCUGCAAACAAAAAUAUAUGAUUUUUAAACUGCAAAGAUAGUGUGUUAAAAAAGUUAAUGCAUGAAUGUAAAUACUCUUUAAGAUCUGCCUUGUUGACUCUGAACCACAUGUACAGAUUAAAACAGCCAUUGUUCAUAGACAAUCUGUACCAGUGGUUCAACGACAAAAGCUAAUGGCCACGAUCCAAAGAGUUCCUUUAGAUAACACACAAGAGCCUCACGCAUGCACCAAGAUGGCUGCUUCCAGAGGAAGGCUCAGAAACCUCACUGCGCGCUUGGAGCUCAUUGGGUCAUGUCCAAAACCCAUUUCAAAAUUAAUGUUGUCAUGUUUCUAAGACAAGCCAUUAAUGUAUAUUUAGCAUUUAUGGAUAUUGCUCAAUACCUAUGUUCUGUACCAAAAACAAACAAAAAACUGUGUUAUAUAUACAGAUUGUAUAUUACCUUAAAAAGACACCAUAACUAAUUUUUAUUUUAAAUAAAAACGUGCUUAUAAAAUG